AUGCAGCUCACCUGGAAGGACAUCCCCACGGUGCCCACGGCCAACGACAUGUUGGACAUCGUGCUCAACAGAACGCAGAGAAAGACGCCCACGGUGAUCCGGGCCGGUUUUAAGAUCACCCGUAUCCGGGCAUUUUACAUGAGAAAGGUCAAGUUCACAUCCGACGGGUUUGCCGAGAAGUUGACGGACAUGAUCUCCGGGUUCCCCAACAUCAACGACGUGCACCCCUUCCACCGAGACUUGAUGGACACGUUGUACGAGAAAAACCACUACAAGGUGUCGUUGGCCGCCGUGUCCAAGGCCAAAACCUUGAUUGAGCAGGUGUCGCGUGACUACGUGCGCUUGUUGAAGUUCGGCCAGUCUUUGUACCAGUGCAAGCAGUUGAAGCGCGCGGCGUUGGGCCGCAUGGCCACGAUCAUCAAGAAGUUGAAGGACCCGUUUGUGUACUUGGAACAGGUACGGCAGCACUUGGGCCGGUUGCCGUCCAUCGACCCCAACACGCGCACUUUGCUUAUCUGCGGGUACCCCAACGUGGGCAAGUCGUCGUUCUUGCGGUGCAUCACCAAGGCGGACGUGGAGGUGCAGCCGUACGCGUUCACCACCAAGUCGUUGUACGUGGGCCACUUUGACUACAAGUACUUGCGUUUCCAGGCCAUCGACACGCCCGGCAUCUUGGACCGCCCCACGGAGGAAAUGAACAACAUCGAGAUGCAGUCCAUCUACGCCAUUGCGCACUUGCGCUCGUGCGUGUUGUACUUCAUGGACUUGUCCGAGCAGUGCGGCUUUUCCAUCGAGCAGCAGGUCAAGCUCUUCCACCUGAUCAAGCCGUUGUUCGCCAACAAGUCCGUGAUGGUGGUGAUGAACAAGAGCGACAUCCUCAAGACCGAGGACUUGGCGCCCGAGAAGCAGGAGCUCUUGGCCUCGGUGGCCGCCGUGGCCGGCGUGGACAUCAUGCACACGUCGUGCUACGAGGAGGAGAACGUGAUGCAGGUGCGCAACCAGGCGUGCGAGAAGUUGUUGACCGCACGCAUCGAGCAGAAGUUGAAGGGCCUGGCCCGCGUGUCCAACGUGUUGAACAAGAUCCACGUGGCCAGACCGCAGCUGCGUGACGAGCUCGACAGGCCCGCGCACAUUCCCGAGGGCGCCAAGGCCUUGGACAAGUACGACCCGGAGGACCCCAACCGCAGGCUCUUGGCCAAGGACAUCGAGCUCGACAACGGCGGGGCCGGUGUGUUCAACAUCAACCUCAAGGACUUCUACAUGUUGGAGGACGACGAGUGGAAGCAGGACACCAUGCCGGAGGUGUUGGACGGCAAGAACGUGUACGACUUCUUGGACGCGGACAUCGCGGCCAAGUUGCAGGCCUUGGAGGACGAGGAGGAGCGCUUGGAGGCCGAGGGCUUCUACAACUCGGACUCGGACUUGGACGACGAGGACGCAGCGGACGUUGGCGAGAAGGCCGAGUGGAUCCGCAACAAACACAAGGUCAUGGUGCAGGACUCGAUGAACAAGAAGGCGCUCAAGAACAGGGCCAUGAUGCCGCGCGAGCACAUCCGCAAGACCUACGGCCAGAUGGAGGAGCACAUGGAGGCCUUGGGCCACGACCCGGCCGCGUUGAGGAGCAGGGCGCGUCCUGCCAAGAAGGAGUUGAGCGGCGUGGACAUCUUGAAGCGCAACCAGGGCAUCCAGAAGAAGAUCCAGCGCAAGCGUGCGCCGCUCAACCAGCCCGACCGGUACAACGACGGUGUGGCGGACGGCGCCGUGCGUUCCCAGGCCGAGCGCGUGGCCAAGUUGCACAGAAGGGAGAGAAACAGAAUGGCCCGCCAGGGCGAGGGCGACCGGCACACGGCCGCGGCCAUGCCCAAGCAUUUGUUCAGUGGCAAGAGAAGUUUCGGUGCGGACCGUCGUUAG